CUUCUAGAAUGGUAGUCGGCACCUUCCCCAUAGUAAAAUUAGGAUUAUUAGGUGUUAGGCACAUUGCCAAACCCAUUAGCAAUCUGAUAAAACGUAGGGCUACAAGGAAUCCGGCCUUCAAAGCUCUGGUUGUCGCCCCUCCAGCCCAAUUAUACAACAAUAUCUCUGUGCGCUCAAGGAUGUGGAUGCUGGGGAUGAGGCAGCCGCGUUUUGUUCCACCUCUGAACCACGCGAUGUCCAUUGAAAUGGGCGGAGACCUGCUGGGCGAGAUGUGUAUAUUCCUCAUAGGUUGUCUUGCUUUGGUGGCGGAGUUUUCCAGGCAGAACAGAAAAGAGAAAUCUAAGCAGGAAGAAAACAGACUUGUUCGAGAGCAAUUAGAUACGAAAAUUAAAAACCUUUCCGAGAAGGUAGCCUCUCAGAGCCAGGAAAUUAGGCGGCUAAAGAUGUUGGUAGGAAGCCAGGAUAGAUCAUAUGACUGGCGCUGUUCAUAA